CCAGGAAUCUCAUGAUAUGAGUGACGUUUAGAGAGAGGCGAAAAGAAGGGGUAGAGGGAGAGCGGAUUGGUGCCGUUGAACAUAUAUAACUCUUUCCGAUACGAACCCUCUUGACAUAAGAGUGUUGCUGCUUUGGUAUUCAUGUUCUUAGCCGAAGUGAAUCUGACUAAUCUGAACUAUAGAGCUAAGCAACAGUACCUGUUUUCCUUGUUGCAGUGCUGCAAAAGAAGCAAGGAGCUCACCCAGAUUCAUUCCCAGAUAGUUGUAAAUGGCUUCUCUCAGAAAAAUUACAUUCUUGCCAAGCUUUUGUCGUUCUGCGUCACCUCUGGGAACCUCUUACAUGCCCAACAGGCUUUUGACCAAAUCAUGAAUCCAAGCACCAUUGUCUGGAACCAGAUGAUCAGAGGGUAUGCGUUGAGCGAAACACCUCAGAAAUCCUUCCAGUUCUACAAUCAAAUGGGAGCUGCAGAAACCAAACCUGAUGGUUUCACCUUCUUGUUCCUGCUUAAUGCUUGUACAGGACCAUCCUACUUGAAAGAAGGGGAGCAACUACAUGGGAGAAUUAUGUCCAACGGACUGUGCUCAAAUGUUUUUGUGCAGACAAAUCUUGUCAACAUGUAUAUUACUGCAGGAGGGGUUGCUGGUGUUCUAAAGGCACGUAAGGUGUUCGAUGAGAUGACCCAACGGAAUGUGAUGACAUGGAAUUCCAUGCUUUCUGGCUAUUUUAGACGUGGAGACGUUAAGACUGCACAGGAAUUUUUUUAUGACAUGCCAGAAAGGAAUGCCGUAUCAUGGACGACCAUGAUUGCAGGCUAUACCAAGACUGGGAAAUGCAAGCAGGCACUGGCAUUGUUCUACGAGAUGAGGAAAGCUCAAGUGGAAGUGGACCAGGUAGUUUUAUUAGCAGCAUUAUCAGCUUGUGCUGAACUAGUAGACUUGAAAACAGGAAGAUGGAUACACUCCUAUCUUGACAAGGCUUCAUGUAUUCAAAAACCAGAUUUUGUGCCUCUAAAGAAUGCACUCAUCCAUAUGUAUGCAAGUUGUGGAGUUAUUGAAGAAGCUUACAGAAUGUUUAAAGAGAUGUCACACAGAAGCACCAUCUCUUGGACAACCAUGAUCAUAGGUUUUGCAAAGCAGGGCUUUGGAGAGGAAGCACUGGUUGUCUUCCGGUGGAUGCAAAGUGUGGAAGGAGAAGGAAUAAGACCUGAUGAGAUAACUUUCAUUGGGGUGCUGUGUGCCUGCAGCCACAGGGGGUGGGUUGACGAGGGCCGCACUUAUUUCAAGUGCAUGACUACGACUUACAAUCUUGAGCCCAGGAUUGAGCACUAUGGGUGCAUGGUUGAUCUACUGAGCCGUGCAGGCCAAUUGGAUGAAGCUCAGAAACUAAUCGAGACCAUGCCGAUGAAACCAAAUACUGCUAUAUGGGGUGCUCUCCUUGGUGGUUGCAGGAUUUACAAGAACGUGGAGCUUGCAGCCAAUAUUGAUAACCAGUUGGCUUUAGUGUUUGAGCCAGACCAAGCUGCUGGGUUUCUUGUGCUCUUGUUGAAUGUGUAUGCCACGGCAAAAAGAUGGGAUGAUGUUGCUAUGGUUAGACGGAGGAUGGUUGCAAUGGGUCUGAGGAAGCCUUCAGGUCGCAGUUGGAUCCAAGUGGAUGGGGUUAUCCAUGAAUUUGUUGCAGGUGAUCAGAGCCACAGGCAUGCAACCGCCAUCAACAAGAUGGUUGAAGAGAUCACAAGGCUAGCCAAAUUGGAAGGUCAUGUGCUAUGCACAUCAGAUGUCCUCUUGGACGAAGAAGAAAAGGGGAGGGCGAGCAUCAAUUGACAAUGGCUUUUGGGUUGAUCGGCAUCCCAAACAGAGGGACCCAAUUCUUUAUAUAAAAAAUCUCAGGAUCUGUGCAGACUCAUUCCAUCGCCAAAUUUGUUUCAAUGAUUUCUGACAGAUUAUAUCAUCACAAGGGAUCACAAUCUUUCGCCAUUUGAAGGCAGGAGCUCCUGUUCCUGUAACAAAUAUUGGCAAAUAAAAGCUGUCCUGAAACCUCUCUGGUUUUAUCUUCGGCUGCUCAUGUGUUUCAAGGCAACUCAAGCAACUAAUAAUCAUUGUAAGUUCAUAUCGGGUGGGAUUAAAACUCUACUCUCUCCAUCUGUGUAUGCAAGCUCUCUCCAUCUGUGUAUGCAAGAAUUCAUAUGC